AUGUCCGCCUUCCUCCCCGCCCCUCCGCUUCCCUGCCGCCGCCCGCCGCUGCGGACCCAGAAAGUCCGCGCCUGCGGGCUCCCAGAGCCGUCCCCGAUGAGUUUGGACACGCUCUCCAGCUUCGAGUCCUUCUGCUGGCGCGCGCAGGAUUGGCUGUGCACAGCCGCAGCGGACGCGGACGGGCUAGGGACCUUCCAACCAGUACCGACGACCUUCCACACGUCUCCGCACCCCUCUUCACGCCGUGCGCGCCACCGCGUCAUGCGCGGUGGCCGCUUCUUCCACACGGCCAUGGUCGCAGUGUGGAGCUCUUCGUCCCCGCUUUCGACGCCGCGUUACCGCCGCCGCCUCACCACCGAGCUCGACAGACACACGGCCACGGUCGAGUUCGCCAAGGACGCCGUCGGGGUCAGCGUCAAGCUCUCGCCGCGCGACCCGAGCGCCCCGGCCCUGCGUGCCGACGCGCACUACUUCCAGAUCGGCGGCGGCACCGUGUCGUGGUGGUUCUCCGGCACGGCUGACAUUAGUAUGGGGCCCGAGGCAGACCCCGACACGUUUGCAGAGAACCUGGGCCCGUUUCUCGGGACGUGGGACAAGUUGCGGAUGAGGCAUCGCGCACCGCCGGGACGUCUCACCCGCAAUUUUCUACAGGAUUGCUUAAGAGUGAGCGGCGAGGGGGAGGCGGCCCCCAUCGGCGGCCUGGAUAGGAUGUCGGCUUUCGGCUUCAUUACCGAGGUCGUAGACGCGUUGCUGCCGGCCUACCUGCCGUUAUUGAGAGCCAGGAAGAGGGGGAGCCGGUUCGAAUCGGAGAUGCUGCAUGAUUGGGAGCCGGUUUGGGGGGGCCUGGGACUGGGGGGCACGGACGUAGAGCGCAGAUUUGGGAAAGAGGAGAUUGACACGUUUGGGAUUUCGGGGGGCGCGACGUGCGAGAGUGUUACCGUCAGAGGCAGUCCGCUGGGGUCGUGGCGCUUCUCCUUGGCGCCUUCCAUGUUUACGGCGGCGGGGAAGACGUACGCGACGCUGCGCAACGACCACGGAAAUAUCAACGGGCCGUUGACGCAUAUUUUUUGA